AAGAAGAAUAUUCAUUUGGCCUUAUUUCCAUUUUCCCUUAAGCGUUGGUGAAGAAGAUGAGUGCCACUGCAGCCACGGGUCAAUAUUCAAGCUUAUUAACCUUUCUAAGAAUUGGCGCCUUUGUGUUUGGGGUAGCAGCGGGUUUUGGAAGUGCAUCUGCUGAGCAUCGUAAAAGAGAGAAAAUCUUGAUUUCUAAAGUUCGUGAACGAGAUGCCAAAAUUGAAUCGUUGGAAAGUGAACUUAAGCAGUUGAAAGGGGAAAUACCAGUCUCUACAGGUGAUCCGGUUCAAGAUUGGUUGAACCAAUUGGAAUAAGAACUUAUGUAGAAGAACUGUUCUUGUCAACUAUUCUUAUCAUAUGAAAAUAAACAGUUGUGACCAACA